UCGAGGAAUUACUUUGAUUAUUAACACUUGCAUGUUGUCCGUCUCUCUCACUCGUAAGACUCGAAAUACACCCUAAAAGAAGAGUUUACUAAGCUUGAAUUACAGAUUUCUGGCAAACUUCUGCCUGAUUCAACAGAUAAUUCUCAAAUCCAUGUUCCUGAUGGGAAUGAAGCAUUCUGAUUUUUCAACUUCUCGAAAUUCUGCAUUUUGCUAUUUUGGUUGGUUUCUUAGCUUUGAGAUGGUCAGAACUCUCCUAAGGAUGCUGGGUUAAUAUGAGUGCGCUUCAACCAUUGGUUCGAAGAGGGAGUGCGAAAAUAAUUAAGGAUGACACUGUUUGUAAUCAUGCCGUGGCAGAAGCAACAAAGAUUGCUGCUGCUUACCAGUCUCACAACAUAGAUAAUAAAGUGGUAGUAGCUCCGGGACAAGUUCCAGUUACAGCGACUAGAGGCCCAGAGUUGAAGUUGAGUCCUUUGUCAUCCUAUGAUACAAUGGGUAGUGGAACACUGCUGGAACGUUGCCUUAGAGACAUACUCAAAGUUAUCAAACCAUUAGGUGGAGAUGUUACAGCUCGUUACACCAUCAUCAGUGACUUACGGACUGUUGUUGGAUCUAUCGAUUGUUUAAAAGGUGCAACAGUGGAGCCAUUUGGAUCAUUUGUGUCCAAUCUCUACACUAGAUGGGGAGAUUUGGAUAUAUCUAUCGAAGUACCCUGUGAUUCACUUGUUUCAUCAACUGACAAAACAAAUAAGCAGAACUUUCUGAGGGAGAUAAGGAAAGUCUUUAGGAGGAGAGGUCUGGUUCGUGAUUUGCGACUUUUUCUUCAUGCAAGAGUCCCCGUUUUAAUAUUUGAAAGCAACCUCCAUAACAUCUCUUGUGAUAUCUCAAUCAGUAAUCUGCUGUGCCAAAUCAAAUCUAGAUUAUUUUUCUGGAUUACUGGGAUAGAUGAGCGAUUCCGUGAUAUGGUUUUACUGAUCAAGGAGUGGGUAAAGUCGCAACAAAUCAAUGACCCAAAAAAUGGAACGCUGAACUCACAUUCUCUUUGUUUGCUUGUCAUUUUCCAUUUUCAGACAUGUGAACCUCCAAUUUUACCUCCGCUAAGGGAAAUUUAUGAGGGGAAUAUUGCGGACAAUCUUACAGGUGCGAGGGUCAUCGCAGAAAGAGCUAUCCAAGACACAUGUUCUGCUAACAUAGAAAGGUUCAAAACAAAUAGUUUCAGAAAUGUAAACAGAAGCUCCCUGUCUGAGCUUGUCGUAUCAUUUUUUCGGAAGUGUUCUAAUCUAAACAUGCUGGCAUCAGAAUAUGCAAUUUGCACUUACACGGGGCGAUGGGAACACAGAAGUACCAGUACUAAGUGGACAAACGACUAUCCACUAUUUAUUGAAGAUCCAUUUGAGCACACAGAUAAUACAGCAAGGACUGUUUCCAUGAGUGAACUAGGCAGGAUAUGUGAAGUAUUCAAUGAGGCUUAUCAAGGACUUGUUUCCUCUGAUGAUCAUGAUAGAACUUCUCUGAUCUGCAGUCUAGUUAGACAUCCUAUCAGCACAAAGAUUAUUUCGCCCCAUAGUAAUCAAGGACUGUUCAGUGGAGCUUCUACAAGAUACUAUCCAGGCCAGUUCAGGGGAGGUGCUACAAGAUACCGUCCGCUAUCAGAUGCACUGCCUCCUUCUCAGAAUCAGUUUAACAAUAUGCAAACUGAAAGCGACGAAGCCACAAUUAUCGCUAUCCGCAGAGAGUUAGCACAACUCAUGCUCAAAGCCAACACCAGAAACAAGCCUAGGUCUGUUAGAUGAUGAAAGCAUUCCAGGUGAUGCAGAAUUGGGAUAUCUGAUGGACAUGUUUGUUCUAGGUCAAGAGAGCUCAGUUCGGGUCUGGGUAUGUUUGCCGAGUUAUACGGUGUAUUAUGAAUUCUGGAGCAGGGAGAUUUUUCCCGUGCCUAAAUCAGUUGAUAUUGAAAUGUACGGGUACCAUGGGGAAGUUGUGUCGUGGCACAUGUACAACUACACGAGAGAUUGCAACGAAGUGCUGGCAGCCUAAAGUUGUAAAGAGAAAUCUGAAUUGGGAAGUAGACUUAAUGGAAUGGCAGAACCAAACAAGGAGAAUGCAGUCCUGAAGGAUUUGGAGUUAAUGGGAAAAACAAAAUUCAGUAGGAAGUUGAGUUUGUUAAGGCUGAAAAAGAAUGUAAGAGUAGAGGUGUUUCACCUUCCCUUAGGUUUGUAAGAUGAUGCAUUGGAAAGCCUGGUUUUGACCUUUGUCUGCCAUCGUGAAGAACAAUUCAUCGUUGCAAGAGACUCACUACAGCUAUGGAUGCGCGUCUGGUAUGGAGUACUUGCAUGAAAAGAACAUUAUUCAUUUUGAUUUGAAGUGUGAGAAUCUCCUAGUCAGUAUGAGAGAUUCUCAUAGACCUGUUUGCAAGGGAAGCAUUCAUUCACGCCUAAGAAGGGGGAAACAAGCGUUAUUAUGUUUGUUGGUUUGCAAGAUAUAUGAAAUCAGAUCCUGUAAAGAUUGCAACAGAAGGGGUAGAGAGGUUCAAGAAGAACUGUGAUCUUAUUAUUGUAGACGCAUGUGGUUGCCACCAGCAGGAAGCUUCUCUAUUUGAAGAUACGUGUCAGCUGGCUGAAUCAACGGUAAUUUAUGCUUGCUGUUAUUGUCUUGUCUGGUUUUUAUCGUCUAAUAGGUAAAUAAUUGGUAACUGUGUUAAAUGUUCCAGAAACCAGAUCUUGUUAUUUUCGUUAUCGAUGGUAGUAUUUCAGGUGGUGCAGUAUAAAAAUAUCUUCCUCGUUUACAUACAUGUUAGUAGCGACUAGAUGAAAUCUGGAGGCAAAAAGGAGAGGAACCCUGCCCUUGUUCAAGUUAUAACAUGUGGCUGUCGCAAACUCUUCCAUAACAAUUAUACCUCGUGUAAUGGGUUCAAAGAAAAGGCGUGGAUCGUACUCUAGAGUUAAGUGCGGUCUAGACCCUAGUUAGCAAUUCGGCGAAUGAUUCGCGAAUUUUCACGUUUUGAUCGGGACCGAACAAUACGGGCGUCCCACUCCAACUCCGAACCAGCGUACAUGCUCCAAAAGCAGGAAUCACAUGCUGCCGAGAUGGGACGGACCUUUAUAGCUAUCAAACCUGAUGGAGUGCAGAGAAGGCUGAUAUCAGAGAUUGGGGGGGUUCAAAAGACUUCACUCAGAAACACCAUGACCUGAAGGAAAGACCCUUUUUCAACGGCCUUUGGAUUUCCUCAGCGGCCCUGUGCUCGCCAUGGUGAGAGAAAGACAGAAACAAGUUUCUAGUCUUUGUAAACUAAACAAAAUGGGAAACCAAGACUUUUAUGUUUGGGAGGGCCUGGAAGGUUAUGUCACAAGAAUGAACCGUAUCUUUCAUCUCAGCAAAAAGCUCAUGUAUAAAUUCUUCGUCUGUUAGUUCUUGAUUUUUAAUUCAGCAGCCAACCAAUUCAAUUAUGAUGGUGUAACCCCCUUGAAGAAUUAGAAGGCUAAUGAUUGUCAUCAUGAGUGGCAGAAGUUCACCAACUCUUUCCAGUUUUUGUUUAAAGAAAGAA